AUGAACAGCUUGAUCAUCAGAAGAAAGCUUGCUGAACAUAUCAGCAGAUUGAAAUUUCCACAGAGGACUUUAUGUACAGAUGCAGCUACUAAAGUUUCCAGCUCCCAUAGUGUCCAAUCCAGCAAUGAUCAUGUGGGGCAACAGAGUUUUCGCAAUGAAGUCCACCCGUACGACAUUGCUAUUGUUGGAGGGGGCAUGGUUGGCAUGGCCCUUGCUUGUUCCUUGGCUAGAAUGCCACUGACCAAGCACUUGAAAGUUGCCAUCAUUGAUAGCAAUCCUGCAUUAUUGAAGGGACUCAGCAUCAAGAAAGAAGACCCUCCUGAUCCAAGGGUCAGUACAGUAACACCUGCGACUAUAUCUCUCUUCAAAGAUAUUGGUGCUUGGAAAUAUGUUGAACAGCAUCGACAUGCAUAUUUUGAUCAAAUGCAGGUUUGGGACUAUACUGGCUUAGGGUAUACAAAGUACAAUGCAAGAGAUGUGCAUAAAGACACUCUAGGGUGUGUAGUGGAGAAUAAAGUACUGCACAGUUCUCUUUUGUCAUGUAUACAGGAUACAGAUUUCCAGAAGACUAUCUAUCCUUCCAGAUUGUCUUCAAUGACUUUACAGCCAAGAAAUUUAUCCAUGGGGGUGGAUAGCACAUCAUCAGGGUUGAAUGAGCGGGGAAACUUAGCAAAGCUGGAUCUGAGUGAUGGCAACAGUCUGUAUGCAAAGUUGGUGGUUGGAGCUGAUGGGUCCAAAUCACGUGUUAGGGAGUUGGCAGGAUUUAAGACAACUGGAUGGAACUACUCACAGAAUGCAAUCAUUUGUACUGUAGAACAUAGUGUAGAAAAUCGAUGUGCAUGGCAACGAUUUCUACCUGCUGGGCCAAUUGCACUUUUGCCAAUAGGUGAUAAUUUCAGUAACAUUGUUUGGACUAUGAACCCAAAAGAAGCAACUGAUCGUAAAUCAUUGGCUGAGGAAGAUUUUGUGAAAGAUGUCAAUUAUGCGCUGGAUUAUGGAUUUGGUCCUCAUCCUAAGUCGAGCACCUUAGGAAGUGGAGGCGUAUUUUCUUGGUUUAAAACAGACGUGAAUUUAUCUCCUGAUGAGUGCUUCAAAGUUCCACCGAAAGUGGUGAAGUUGGCAUCAGAAAGAAUGGUGUUUCCAUUAUCUUUGAUGCAUGCCAAUGACUAUGCGUCAAAGCAUGUGGUUCUAAUCGGCGAUGCAGCACACACUGUUCACCCUUUGGCUGGGCAAGGAGUUAAUCUGGGUUUUGGAGAUGCAUUUGCUCUUUCAAGAAUCAUUUCUGAGGGUAUUGCAGUGGGAAACAGACAUUGCUGA